AGGUGUCUCGUGGUGUACGUUUGGGCCUUUUCCUUUCCACCCAUUCUCCCCUCACAAUUUUCCGAAAUCCAGCUCGAGAAGUUGGACUAAACAGGAUCAGUCGGUAGCUGCCGUUCAUCAACUCCAUCGCUGUUCUUGCCUGUCCCCCCUCCCCCUUUCCCGUCGGGGGAGAGAUCCGUGCUGCGAUGGGCUCCCCCGGCCAAAGCCGCCGGCUGUUCGGCGCCCAGAGAUCGCUGCACGACCUCCUUGGCGGUGGCACCGACUGAGAGGCUGAGACUGAGGGCGCGGCGUUGGAAUUUUUCUAUGGGCGCAGUGGCGGAUGUGGUGCUGUGGAGGAGGAAGGAGGUGGCCGGCGGGUUGCUGACCGCGGUGGUGGCGUCCUGGGCGCUCUUCUACUGCGUGCCCGGCUACACGCUGCUCUCCUUCGUGUCCCAGGUGCUCAUGAUCCUGCUCACAGUCCUCUUCGUCUGGGCCAAGGCUGCCCAGCUCCUCCACAGGGCACCUCCUCCUGUUCCAUUGAUGAAAAUUUCUGACAAGUCAAUGAGUGAAGCAUCAGAAAUAGCGGGUAACUUCGUAAAUAAGGUGCUCCUGGAUUUUGAAAACAUUGCGCUUGGGAAGGACUCCAGCCUCUUCUACAAGGUGGCUUUUGUGUUGGUGCUGACUUCCAUAGUUAGCCGAUUAACCGAUCUUAUCACUUUGGUAUAUACAAGUGCUGUUAUUGCUCUCACGAUACCUGCAUUGUUGGAGAAAUCCGAAGAAGAUAUUGCAAGGUUCCUUGAGAUAGCUUCGACAUAUGUUCAGGCAUGUGGGGGAGCAUGCGAAGAGUAUAAAUGUAAGAUGACAAAAAGGAUAUCGGAAAAGAAGUUGCGUUGAUGACGAUGUAAAUCCGUCAAGAAAAAUUUUGCCUUGUGAUUUUUUAUAUAAUUUUUCCUUGUGAUUAGCCUGUCUUUCGAGGCUAAAGAGUUAUGAUAUCUCCACGAUCGUGGUCUGUCUAUAUUCUGUGACCUUGGAGCUGCACAUAGCACACCACAAGAGCUAUAGCAGGCAAUCCUCCUGCCUGGCUGCCUGUUCCUUUCAAAAAGAAAAAAAAAUUGUAUAUUUUUUUA